CGAGCGAUGUGCGUCUACAGUGUCGCUGUCGUCGAACGGCCUGACUCGAAGUGCAGCGAACACACGCACACGAGCCUGCGGGUGGUGAGCUGAUAAAGAUGAACGUUGGACAGCACACCGGUCCGGGGCCGCCAUUGAGCCGCAAUGGCUGCUCGGACCGUUCCGUCACCGGACCGUCCUGCCGGGCGCUCCGGACCGCCGUAUCGGCCCUCUACUGUCUGGACGAUUUUCACCGCGAGCACAUAGGGUCCGGCUUCUUCUCGGAGGUGUUCAAGGUGACACAUCGGACUACCGGUGACGUAAUGGUGCUGAAGAUGAAUCAACGGCGUGCCAACCGGCCCAACAUGUUGCGCGAGGUUCAGCUGUUGAACAAACUGUCGCAUCCAAACAUCCUUAGGUUUAUGGGCGUCUGCGUGCAGGAAGGACAGCUACACGCCCUCACCGAGUACAUCGAGGAAGGUUCACUGGAGCAGCUGAUUGCGAACAAAGCACAGUACCUUCCGGCCCUUUGGAAGAUAAGAAUCGCAUUGGGUAUUGCUCGAGGAAUGCAGUACGUACACGAUGUCGGUAUCUUCCAUCGCGAUCUUACGAGCAAGAACGUGCUUGUUAAACGGUUACCGGAUGGUAUGUUCGAUGCAGUAGUCGGAGAUUUUGGGCUAGCAGCCAACAUCCCCCGAAAGUGUGGUAAACCUCGCCUUGAUACUGUUGGCUCACCGUACUGGAUGAGUCCGGAGUGUCUGAAAGGACAGUGGUACGAUCAAACCAGUGAUGUAUUCUCCUUCGGAAUAAUAUUAUGUGAAUUAAUAGCUCGGAUUGAGGCAGAUCCGGACAUUAUGCCCAGAACUGAUACGUUCGGUUUGGACUACAUUGCUUUUGCCGAUGUGUGCCCAAACGACACACCACCGGCGUUUUUAAGACUGGCCUUCUAUUGUUGUACUUAUGAUCCAAAGAGUCGACCAACGUUCACGGAGUGUGUGAAAAAGUGUACCUUGCUGUCGGAUGUAUGUGAGGAUAGCUACAACCAUCUACAGCAACAGCAACAAGCACACUAUCGUAUGAACCUAGCUAACGGAAGUGCGAUCUCGAACGGUGUUGGCGUGAACGGGCUGAACGGUUCCACCAGCAGCAGCUCCGAACCGGUACCAGCAGUGUGUGAAAACGCUUCCUCUACGGGUAGCAGCGGCAGCAACACAUCAACACCGUCCGGUAGUGGGGAAUACUCACAAAACCCACUUCACCACCGGCGCUCGCUGUCGGAAAAUGUGAUCGUAUUUCCACCGCACACGACGCCUAGUGAUAAGGCACGUUAUCACAUGUACCAGCGGGGCAACUCGGUAGUUCGGCCGGCCGAACCAGCAAUCCCGGAAUCGCCCACCUAUUCGAACCAAACGCUCCGAAAGGUUGCGGAAACGAUGCUGCUCAAGGACUCGCAGUACAAGCCGCGCGCCAAAACGGAACAAGGCAGCGGAACGAAGGCAAACCCGUUCAGUGCGCUAUCGCAGCUGAAGGGUGUGAAAAAGAUUCUCGGACCGAAACCAGCCGUAACGACGUACAGUUCGGGUGAUUUGUUUAGCUCCUGCUUCGAAAUAUCAGCUCCCUACUUCCGGGCAUGGAAUUCGGUGCAAAAUCAAAUUGUGCGGAAUGCGCGCGACGGUAGAAGCUGUACUGGGUUGGCAAGCGCUAGUGGUUCAAAUUCUGGCGGUAGCAAUGCCGAGGGCCAGCCGAAGAGUUUACCGAACUCACCCACCUCACCACGCAAAGAGUAUGGAGAGGAAGAUGAAGAUCCGAGCGGUGCGUUAGCGAACGAAUACCGGAAAGUGUCGCUCGGAAACGUGCGAAAGUAUCGGGCCAGCUUCACCGAACUCUCUAGUCAUCCACUGUACAAGAGUGGUCAAAUCGAGACUGAAGUAACGAGUGGCGGCACGGUGUCGAACGCGUUAAAGGUGUCCAGUGCGGCGAAAGCAACUACGACCACCACAACCUCCAGUACGAGUGCUGCGGCAUCAGCAAACACAGUCAAUUUAGCUACGGCAAAGAAGAUGUCCAACGGUAGUGUGAAACCUAUAAUGCCUUCCAUCGUGUCAGAGGAUCCGGCUGACGAGGAACUGGAGCUGAAUGAAGAGGAGUCAAAGCAGGGAGCUAAACAUGUGAAACUUCCCAGCUGUACUGCGAGCAAUCUGGUUCAUUUGUGUGGCAGCAAUAAUGGCGACAGUGGCACGGAAGAAGGUCAGGAUGGUGCAAGCUGCGAUGGAGAAUCGACCCAGCUGGAUGAUGAGGAGGAAGAAGAGGUUGUAGUGAUCAGGCAGAAGAGUGAAGGGGAGCAAAGGACUGUAGAGGAUAGACUACUAAAUGCUGCAUCUGAUGCAUCCAUUAUUGGUGAACCGAGUGCGAUUGGUGUCGGUGGCAAGGAAACGUGUCCCGAAGGAGAAGGAGUGUUUGAGGCACCACGUAUUCUCACCCGACGGGGGUCAACUGAGAGUGGAUUCUUUUCAUGUCUAAAUGAGGAUUUUGGCACGUACAAAUCUUCUCCCUGCUGCUGUUUGGAACAGAUUGCGCACUUUGAAUCGACUGAUCGGUUAUCCAUGUGUCGGUGCAUAUACGCUGGAGCAACAACGCUUGCUAGCGGAGGUCCUGGAACAGCAUCGAGUGGAACCCCUGCCGAUGGUUUGACCGGUCUGAUGUCUAAUCAAACGCUGAACGAUAGUUCUAGUAUAUUGUUCUUUGAUGACAGCUCGACCACGGUCAGUUCGCUGCGAAGUAUGGAUGAUUUGGAGCUGUCGGAUUCAAUUCGCAAGCGUUUUAACCAUCACCACCAUCUACACCAUCUCCAUCCCGCACAUCAUCAGCUGCACGGUCGACAUCAUCACGUGCUGAGUAAUGUAGACAUCGAUGCACGCUCGAUCGACAUGGGUCUGAUCAAUCGAUUAGCGCUCGAUUCGGAAAUAAGCAGCAUGAUCCAGAAGAACCAGUUCGCCAAUCAGCUGUUGUACUGCAAAAAUCGUUCGUCAUCGAUUUUCACCGACAGCUCGGACGAUAUCAGCAGUCUGGCCGGUUCGGAUUCGUUGCUGUGGGAUGACCGGCACUGUACCAACAUGCCCAACACACGCUCAGCACAGAUCGCCAAGAUUGUCGAAUACUUCGAGCGCAAGGGCCAAACAUUCAAACCAUUCACUGUACCUGAUACGCUUCAGCUGGGUGCGUCCGCCUCCGGGAGCCAUUGCGGUGGUCCGGGUAGUUCGGUACACCUGCAACAUCAUCAUCAUCACCAUCAUCAUUAUCAUCGUCCUCCUAGUGCGGCCUAUUCGACGGGAACGACUGCAUCGCCGUGUAUUGCGAUGAGCGGCGGCACGGUCACGAAUAGUGCCAAUGCAACAACACAAAACACAACACUAGCAACACCAAAUGGAACAGCAGUCAACGAUAAUGGAAGAACGCAUGCUUCCAGUACUGCUGCUGCGGCAGCCAACAACGCAAAGCUAUCACAGGCCGAACUGAAGCAACGCUUCGAGUAUGAAGCGUUCUGUUUGGAGUUAGAACGCAAGCAGCAAGCUUCGGGAGCCGUUACAAACGGUCCCCAAAUACGCUUAAACAACAUCUGCGAAGGAAACGUUCGGUCGAAGUUGCAACUGUUCGAUAAGCUAAAGCAACAGAGUGCCGCAGCUACGACAGCCGCGGCAACGGCGAACGGUAUCCCACAGGCAACUAGCAGCAGCAUCAUCUGCAAUGGUAGUGUUAGCAAUAACGGUAGUAGUAAUUGCACCGUUUCUGGUACGAACCCCACUAGCAGCAGCAACAGCAUCAGCAUGAACGGGUUAACCAUAAUAGAUAAGUAGGGAAAAG